GGGGCGGGGACGGGGCUCGCGGUUGCCAUGGGAACAGCCGCCGUUUGGACGGUGUCGAGAGCCCAGACCCUGAACGGGAAGAGACCGGUGGGCCGACCGGGGUCCGUGAGAUUCCUAAAGAAAUGAGUACUGAAGAUAAUAUUCACUCUGCUGAAUCAGAAGAGGCCGAUGAAGAACAAUCUGAUGAACCUAUUGCAGCUGUAGCUCCAGUCGUUAACGUUGAAGAUGAAAUACCUGCAGACGUGUUUGCAAGUCCUGCCUUUCAGAGCCUGGAUGAGCUGUUUAAUGAACAAAAACUCUCAGGAACGCAUCUCGCCCUUUUGAAAUCCAAAUACACAUUGUUACAUGAAACUUUAAAAAGUGCACAAGAGUCUGAGAUCCAAUUAAUGCAAGAAGCCAAGCGCUAUGCUGCUGAAUUGGAUUAUCAGCGGAAUGAACUGGACAAAGCUGACCACUUUCCUGAGAGCUACAGCACUGAGGUCAGCAAACUGAGACGACAGCUGCUUGAUUGUGAGAAUGAUCUGGCCCAGAAAGAAGAUCGGGUGUAUCAGCAGCAGUAUAAAAUCAAAAGUUUAACAGAAGAAAAAACUGUGUUUGAAAGUGAAUUGGAGAAACAACCUAAAGUUUCUGAAUUUGAGAAAAAAGCCAAAGCAAUGAAAGAAGCUUGUGAAGAUCUUCGUAAGGAGAUUACUCACAAAAAACGGAUGGUCAGGAUAUUAAAAGAAGACAUCGAGAUCAAAAAUAAACAAAUUGAAGAUGGACAAAAAGAACUACAGGGGAAACUUGAAAUAGAGGAACAACUGCAAGGUGACGUGGCCGAACUGCAAUCUAUUCCUGGACAGCUAUCUAAAGAUAUGGAGAAAAUUAACCGGAGAAAAAUCAAUUUAGAGAAGAAGAAAGCUGAGUUUGAUGACGAAAUCCAUGAAAUUGCUGUCUCUUUAAAACAAAUUGAUCAAAAGUCUAGAAUGACCGAGGAUGAGAGGAUAACAAUAAUGAAAGAGUUGGAGGGAAAAAGGGUUAUGCAGGACACCAAAGAAAGAGAGAUCAACCAGGCACUUAAGAUAAGUGAACUAUAUAAAGACACCGAAUCUGCAUUAAUGGGAGAAAGAGCUUCCCUGGAAUUAAAACUACGCCACAUCCAAAUGGAUAGGAAGACAUUGAAGGAUGCACUUUUACAGACAGGAAGAGAAAAGGAUCGAUUUAUUCGAAAUUUAAAGAAGAAAGAGCUACAAUUAAAGGUUACAAACGAAACACUGGAUCACAUAAAAAUGAUGUACAACAGGGUAAAAUCACAGGCCGGUAUUUUGCCUAAGGACGACGGGACAAUGCUGGAAAAGAGAAAUGAACUGCAAAGUGAAGUCAAAACGCUGAAAAAAAAUAUGAUCGAACAGCUUUCACUGACUGAACUGGAGACCCAUUUGUUACAUCAGUGUACUGUUGAAGAAGAUCAACUCCUUGCAGAGCAAAGGAUUGCCGUUGAGCAAGUUUUAAACCUAGCCCGCCUUUCCCACAUCAGGAAUGAUGAAAAGGACCAAAAAGCAAGAGAUCUUAUGAAUACUCAGCAUAGAUAUGAACAAUCCAAAGAAGAGAAGAGGGAGAAAGAUCUCGCGUUUGAAAGCUAUCAGAAGAAAUUCUUAGAUUCACAAACGAAGCUAAGAGAAUUCGCUAAAGCGUAUCAGUUCAUCAAGAAUGAGAGAAAUAAGUAUGUUAAUCUCACAUACGCUGCAUCACUGAAAAUUGAAGAACUUACUGAAAACAUCAAAGCUAUAACGUUAGAAUUGGAACUUCGCAGAAAUAAUUCAUACGAUAAGACCAAAGAACUGCAGAAAGAGAAACUUUUACAAGUUAACAGCUACGUAAUCCGAGAUAGCUUGCGGAGAACCAUGAACAAAACCCUAGAAAUGCUGAGUAGGAUGCGAGAGAAGACGGAGGAACAAAGUCUGAACAUGGGAAAGCUCAGUGCUCAAAUCAACCAGACUGAAGCAGAUAUGGUACGCCUCCGGAAACGAUAUGAAAUGGCUGUUCAGAACCGCAACGAAAGAGGAAUUCAGUUGAUUCAGAGAGAAGAGGAGGUUUGUAUUUUCUACGAGAAGGUAAACAUUCAGGAUUCAUUGCUAAGAAAUGGUGAUCUCGAGUUGAAUGGAUUGAACGAAGAAGUCCGAUUCUUGAAAAUUCAAAUAUCCGAGGAAGAGAGACACAUUUGCAUGGAUCGCAAAAUUCUGCUACUCAAACAGCAACUGGAUAAGGAUUUGAUCACACAAAAGGCACAGCUCUCACGGUGGCAGAUUACAGUACGAAACCUUGAAGAGCGGAUGCAGAAUCCUGCAGCGAAGAACAGAGCACGACUAUUGGAAGGAAAAGAUCCUUCAUUUUCUGAAUUGACCGGAAAGAUAGACCAGCUGGACUUGCAACUGGCAAGAAAAGAGGAGCAAUUACUUGAAAAGGACCUGAUUUGUGAACAAGUCAGGCGUUUUUGUGAAAGAAUUCGCAGAAAAACUGAGAAUGGCAAACAGGCUACUCUGGACUUGGCCAAACAGAUAAACGAACUGCAAAGAAAAAUAAGAGAAAUUACCAGAAAGAUGAUGUCUGUGGUCUCUGAGUUAUCCAUGCAACAAGCUAAUGCCAUCAAACUGCAACAGGAAGCCAGUGAUAAGCAGGAGUUCGUGGAAGCAUGUUACCUGCGUUUGGAACAGAAUCUGGCACCUUGUGAAGAGUAUGAAAAUGAGUGGUUGAAGAUAAUACGCAAUGAAGAGAGAUACAAAGCAUCUAAAGCAAUAAAGGCAAAGGAAAAAGAAGAGGAGGACAAGCAUUUGUUGGCAAGUGGGAUUUAUACAACUGCUGACCCACGGCCCAAUGCCUACAUCCCAGACGAUGACUCUGGCCUGCCUCUUCCACGUCCUUAUGGUAAUCUGGCUCCGUUUAAACCCAGCGAGCCUGGUGCAAACAUGCGGCAUUUCAGAAAGCCAACAAUUAAACCAAUUGAAAUAUAGUGUUGGUUUCAACUGGAUCUCAAAGCUUCUCCGAAGUAGAAUAAUUCUUACAGCAUUCACAUAAAGAAAAAUCUUCUUUCAUUUUAAUUAUUGCACGCUUCUAUUUUGUUAAAACAUUAAGAUUAAAUGUUUUAUAAAUUGCCACGAUUUAAUUUACAGUUUUGUAAAGCGCCUACAGGACAAAUUGUUUAAUUAUAAUGACAAAGUACCACUAAAAUAACACUUACUAUAUUUAGAUUGUUAGUUGAUGCAUUUUAACUUUACUUUCAAUUGCGUACAUAUACCGGAUUGAAAAUAGACGGUUGCAAAGAGAUGGAAGAUGCCAAUAAAUGAAAACUAACAAGUUCCUAAAUA